CCUGGGAAACGCUCAAACUGAGAGUCAGUGAGUGAUCUCCAGAGGGCGCUCGGCCCCACACUCAGCCCUUUUUUUCCUGAUCACGUAAAAACAGAAAGAAAAUUACAGCUGAGCAAAUUCACUUUCGGUUUCCAAACCCAGUGAGCGAGGCCCGGGAAAGAACCGCCUCUGGGCCUGAGGCCGCCCGAGGAGGAAUGGAAUGUGUUCCCCCCGUCCUUUAGCCUUCCGGAGAAAGGCUAGACCCCUUACAGGGCAAGGCAGAAGCCCAGAGAAUUCACCCCAAGGGGCAGCCUGGUCCUGUAGAGAUGGAGCUCUUCCAGAACCUGUAUGAGACCCCCGCAGACAUGCUGUCCGCCUUUGUGGAGCGGAGCCUUCAGCCCGAGGGGGACUGGAAGGAGGAAGUGAAGGAUGCCUGGCAGAGGAUCGAACGUUUCUUCAGGGAUCGAUGCUUCCAUGAUGAGCUGGUUCUAGACCAGGAAGUCAGGGUGUUAAAGGUGGUGAAGGGUGGAUCCUCCGGGAAGGGAACGACGCUGAACUACAGCUCCGAUGUGGACCUGGUCUUGUUCCUGAGCUGCUUCCCCAGCUUCCAAGACCAGGCAGAACACCGUGCAUCUGUCAUCAGUUUCAUCGAGAAGAGACUGACUCAGUAUGGCAGGAGCCUGGCCUACAGCAUCACCAUGGUCCCGCAGAGAGAGACGAACAGGGUCCCCCGCUCCCUGUCCUUCCACGUCCAGGCCAGGAAGAACAGUGAAGCCAUUGGAGUGGAUGUGCUCCCAGCCUAUGACGCUCUAAGAAAUUUUUGCCCGGACUCGAAACCACCUCCGGAAAUCUAUGAAGAUUUGAUAACCAGUGGCGGCCACCCUGGGGAGUUCUCGCCAAGCUUCACAGAGUUGCAGAGGCACUUUGUGAAAAGUCGCCCUGUCAAGCUGAAGAACCUUCUGCGACUGAUGAAACAUUGGUACCUGCAGUACUUGAAACCUAAAUAUCGAAACAAAGCAUUGCCCGCAAAGUACGCGCUGGAGCUACUGACCAUCUACGCCUGGGAAAUAGGUACAGAUGAAAGUGAGAACUUCAACCUGGAUGAAGGGUUUAGAGCCGUGAUGGAACUCCUCAUAGAUUAUGAAGACAUCUGCGUCUAUUGGACCAAGUACUAUGAUUUCCAAAAUGAGACUGUCAGAAUCUACAUCAAACAACAGUUGAAGGAAUGCAGGCCAGUGAUCCUGGACCCAGCUGACCCUACCAACAACCUGGGAAAGGAAAAGAGAUGGGACCUGGUGGCCAGAGAGGCUGCUCACUGCCUGAGGCAGGCCUGCUGUAGGAAUGAAGACCCCAGCCAGGGCUGGCAUGUACAGCCAGCAAGAGAGGUCCAGGUGAUGGUGAAAAAGACAGGAGAGGAGGCCUGGAUAUUGUCGGUGGACCCCUACAGUCCCAUCUGGAAGAUGAAAACGGAGAUCAAGAGGACGUUUGGCCUCAGAGGGGAACAGCGUCUCUCCUUCCAGGAGCCGGGAGGGGAACGGCAGCUGCUCAGUAGCCAGCGGACGUUAGCCCGUUACGGGAUCUUCUCUAAGGUUAGCAUCCGGGUGCUGGAGACCUUCCCUCCCGAGAUCCAGGUCUUCGUGAAGAACUCUAGCGGCCAGAGCAAGCCUUAUGCCAUCCACCCUGACGACUCUAUCUAUGCCUUGAAAGAGAAGAUUGAGGAGGCUGAAGGACCUUACGUGGAGGAUCAGAUACUAAAGUUCCAGAAUCGGAAACUGAGGAAUCACUGCAGCCUCUCAGACCUGCAGAUCAAAGACUGUGACACCAUCAUGCUCAUUAGGAGAAGCCACAGGCCCCUAGGAGUGCCCACGGUCGGGUUGUACAUGAUUUAGACUUCUAUGGCCCUCUUCCCCCACCCACCCCCUUCUACCCAGGCCACUGCGAUUUUCUGAAGCAUAAAUAUGAAUAGACCCUUCCCCUGCAUGAAGUCCUCCAAUGGCCCUAUUACCUAUGUAAUAAAGUUCAAGUUCUUUUGCUUGGCAUUCAAGGUCCUUGACAAUUUAGCCCUUGCUUACCUCUUAAUCUCGCCUCACCACUCUCAAAACACACCAGAUGUGCCCAAACCCUUGCAUCUCCAGAGCACUGAAUGCCGGAUCAUACCUCCAUGACUGUGAAUCAACUAUUCCUUUCCCCAUGCUUUCGUCUUUCAACACGCACAUCUCUAAGUCAAUCUCCAAGUGUGGACCCCAGACCAGCAGAAUUGGCAUAUCCCCUGGGAACAUCUUAGAAAUGAGAUUUCUCAACAACUAUGUCAGAUUCACCCGAGCCAGUUCUUGGUGGUGGGACUCAGCCACCUGUGUCUUAACAAGCCUUCCAAGUCAUUUUCUGCCCCUACACCCAGGUCAGACCUUCCGUGAAAGCACUUGGGACCCUCAUUGUGUUCCCAUGUGGGGAUCAUAAGUCUCCCUGAUUUAAAGAGACUUGACAAGAGCUUUAUUCCUGUGUCCCCGUGGUCUAGAAUGCUUGCUGGCCUGAUGUACGUGUUCAGCACGUACUUGCUGAACAAACAGACGAACCAAAGAAUGACUUUGAAUUCUUCCCUAUUAUCUUCCUGACGGUCUCAAGCCAGUUCUGUUUUGGAGACCACGUGGUUUGGAAUGCUCCCCCACCCGUCCCCCAGCUACGUCUCAUUCUUUGAGAUUGCCCAUUCUCCCCCAUACAAGCCCGGUGCUGGAGUCAUAGACCAUUCCAUGCUCCUACCCAAUAGCUUCACUCAUCUGUCCAAACCCAACCACGCAAAGGAAUCAGCUGACCCAGCAUAGAAUCCAUCUAUUGGCUCUACUUCGCCUAUCAGAUUUUGAGUCCUGGUGGGUGGGACCAGUUCCCAGUAUAGUUAAAUAAGGGUGGACAUCUAAGCAGAAAUGCAGUCAGAACAGAUCAGCCUCAGCUCAAGUCUACAGGUGAGUAAAAAGACACCCCUCCACGCAGACAAUGGAGCACUGGAGCCACGCAUAGCAAGAGAGAAUCCAAAGCCCUUACACAGGCCCAGGGAGAGACACUGCGGGGGGUGCUGUUAGACCUGCCCUUUUAAAAAAAUCGGGCGCCUGGGUGGCUCAGUCGGUUGAACGUCUGACUUCGGCUCAGGUCAUGAUCUCACGGUUCGUGGGUUCGAGCCCCGCGUCGGGCUCUGUGCUGACAGCUCAGAGCCUGGAGCCUGUUUCAGAUUCUGUGUCUCCCUCUCUCUCUGCCCCUCCCCCACUUGCAGUCUGUCUCUCUC